AUGGCCUCUAACACAAGUAUAUGUGGCAUAUGUUCACUCCGACAAAUAACAAAAGUUAGCAAACACUGGUGUCGAGAAUGUGAAGAAGACAUUUGUGAUGAGUGCAAAGAACAUCAUAAAUUACUGAAACCUACAAGAAGUCAUGAACCUAUACGAAUUUCAAAUUACAAGUCACUACCGUCAUUCCUAACUGACAUACAGCAAUCAUGUAUCUACCACAAUGAACAGUACCAACUAUAUUGCGUUGAACAUGCAGUACCCAUGUGUUUCAAAUGCAUUAAUGACCAUCAAAAAUGUAAAGUCACUACGCUUGAGAAAGUUGCCAAUAAUUUCAAGACUUCUGAGCAAUUUCUAGAUUUAGAAUCAAGACUUGAUGACUUAUUACAAAACAUCAAUGGAAUUAAAAAUUGA